AUGAGUCACCUGACCAUCCAAGCGAAGUCGCCAAGCCCUGUCCGCACACAAACCACCCGCUUUCCCGAAGGUCGACAUCUUUCUCCCAUCCAAACCAGCUUGCCGUUGCGAUCAGCCAUCAAGAUGCCGAGCCACAAGACCUUCCGCACCAAGCAAAAGCUUGCUAAGGCUCAGCGCCAGAACCGCCCUAUCCCCCAGUGGAUUCGCCUGCGCACUGGCAACACCAUUCGGUAA